AUGGAUACGAGUACUUUCACUGUACUGCAGACCGGAUACGAGCACGCUAUACGAGAAUUCUCUGCCAAAGUCCAACAACUCACUACGAAGACGGCGAAAACAGCGUGCGGGCGAGAGUAUAUUCGAAUCUCAAAGCUCAAAGAGUGGCUUGAAAGCGAGACGAGGUUACAAGUUCAGGGAUGGACGGAACCACGGGAAACACAUCAAAUAACGCGUCUAUUGCAUGCUGCGUACAGCCAGUACACUGGCCAGCCCCGGAAAGAACAAUUGACAGGAGAGAACUCUUGUCUAAUUGUCUUUAGUAUACUUCUUCAACUGGGACAAGGCCAUCUCAUUCAUAUUCUCAAGAGAAGUCACAAAGUGGUUGAUUCGCAUCUGCCGAUCGACCUACCCACCUUACAACAUGUUUUCAAGAAGGAGAUCUUGCCAUACCCGGAGAAUCUGGCAGAGGAUUUUAAUAAGGAGCAAUGGAAGUUCUGCCCUGCGAAGUUUGAACUCGGAUUGGAUAUGAACUUCGACGAGGAUCAUAUCUUACCGAUAUACAAGAAAAUGAAAAUCAACGAAAAGGGGGGAACUGCAACCAUUUGGCAAAUAUCAGUGAUGGAAGAAUUUGUUGGUGUUAGAUUGCGUGACGCUGUAAAGAGCGCGCGGUACGAAGACCCAGAUUAUGGACCAUGCUAUGCGCUUGUUUUAAAGGCAUUUGAGUCGGAGAAAAGGGCCAUAUUUGUCAACGAAAGGCAUGCAUUUUCCAAGCUAGGUUAUGAAAAUGGUAACAUGAUACGAUUCCUUGGUGAGUAUCGCCAUAGGCAAACCCAUCACGCCGAACAAAGCGAGCGAGUAGAAGGAGAACUUGUUAUUUUGAAGACGACGUACAACAUCCUCCUUGAGUUUGGGGAGUGUGAUCUUGCCGAACUUUUCGCAAAGAAUGUACCCCCUGUCCACUCUAGUGAGAUUGAGGCCUUUUGGCGAGAUAUAUUCGAGGUAGCCGACGCAAUAAGAGACAUGCACAAUCUCCGAACCAACAAUGAUGGAAUGAUCAAAGAGUACUGGGGGUGGCACGCAGACAUCAAACCAGACAAUAUUUUACAAGUUCAAGGGAAGUUCAAAUUGGCGGAUCCAGGCUUCGCCCGCUUUGUGGAAAAGCCAAAACAGGGCGAGAAAGAAGAGGAAGUAGCUGCUCUACGUGCACCCCCACAAGUUCUGCUGGGAGGGACCACUACUUAUGGUGCCCCUGAGCAAUACUCGCACUCUUCGCGCCUCGAGAACCCGGUUGAUCAGUCCAUCGACACCUGGUCGCUUGGCUGUGUGUUCUCGAUUACCGCCACGUUUGUGGUGCUUGGCUAUCAAGGCGUUCAACAGUACAGCAAAUUGCGAGCUAAAGCAAUCAAAGAUCAAAUUACAAGUCAGGAGGUCCAACCAGAUUUGGGACCUGAGACUACAGCUCUUAACUACGGAGAUUACUUCCACAAUGGUUUCAACGUCCUUAGUGCUGUCACUAGUUGGCACGAUUAUCUGCGCCACUGCAUGCGGUCUACAGAUAAAAUCACAUAUCAAGUGCUUAAUCUAGUAGACCGUGAUAUGCUAGUUGGACGUGAAUCUAGGAGCAAGACGUCGACAGAAGCAAUAUGUAAAGAGCUUUCCCACAUCCUCAGUCAAAACAAGAGCCGGCCACAAGCUUCACUAUUAUCACCAAUUAUGGCUUUCCUCAAGGAGCUCGAUGACGACCCGGAAGAGAUGAUCGACGAUUCAUCUUUUGUGACUGUUCUUGGCAGCGACGAUAUUCAGGGCAAUACACCUCAAGAUAUACAGAAUCGCAAGAAGCUUCGCAAAAGUCAUCUUAUUCAAACGAAUCAUCGCUCACACAUGAAAGUACCGAUUUCUCGUCGCCAGGAUGAACUCGAGGGUGCUCAUAGUUUCAUUAACACAUCGAUACAGGUUGAAGAUACCUCCAUGUACUCUAAAGCGCCGUCUGCUUAUUACAAGCAUGAAACUCAAAGUCCGGAGCAGAGGACAAGCUCUGAGACUACACUGACCAUGUCUCCAGGGCAUACACACAUUCAAGCGAAACCGAGAACUGAAUACGUUGUCGCUACUCCAGCUCUGAAACUUACAUCACAGAAAGCCAUGUGCCUGAUCAACCACGUCUUUCUGCCACCAGUACUUCCCGAACAAAACGAUCUCUCGACCGAGGACGACGAUCUGCUUAUUGAAGCUGUUAGCUGCGCGCUUGAUGAAUUCCGGGCAUGUCUUAGCCAAGAUAAUCACGAGGCAAUCGAUACGGCCGCCAGCGGCUUAGCUGCCCUUGCGCAUGUACGGGAUUCCGCUGGCCAUAUCGAUGAAAGCCGCUUGCAGAAAGUUAUGGCUGGCGAUGCUUUCACAGGGAAAGACUUCAUUCUUCCUUUGUAUAUUGCAGCUCAAAAUGCCGCUGUUAUCAUUAAACGCAAGGACGCGCGUUUCUGUAUUGAGACAUUCGAAGUCGCCCCAGCCGAUGAUUCUGUUGUAUCAACUCGCGGUCGCCUGCGGCGGUGCUUCCCUGGUCCAGCGGCCAUAAUUGAUCAAUCCACCUUUAUCGACUCAAAGUUUCGGGGAAUGCUUUUACAAAUGCUGUCCAAGUUAAGCCAGGAAACAAUCCCGGAGAUGAUAACACCAGGCAAUACUACAAACCCACGGCUCAUCACCGAAUUAUUAGCAAGCAUGUUGGGGUCGAUGGGAUCGUUUGCUUCUCAUAGGAGACUUUGGAAGAACACCAGAGAAGAAUCAAUCAUUUCUGCUGUUUCUAACCCCUGGAGGAGAUCACCUUUAUGGUUGAUGAUUCGUGUCACCCUGCACAGAGUUCUCGACAACCUCGACUCAGAUACUCCUCAAAGUCUUUACAAACCAUUCAUGGUCUUCUUCAUGGGCUACAUUGCGAAGAACGCUGCUGGUUUGAAUUUGCAAAGCGACAUUGUCUACUGCAUGCAUGCGAAGAUUUCUCGACGGCUGAUUAAGCUGAAACCUGAAGCAGAUCAAAUUUGGCUCCAGCAUACAGCCAAGAUUUUGAAGCGGUCGACUGGUACGAUUCGUGACAGGUGGCAUAGGAUUGUUCGCCAAUCUGACCCUGCUUCUCACUGGUCUGCUCUUGAGACUUUGGAUCUUGAUCAGGAUGUUAUGAUGGACCUUGCUGAACUUCAUGUUCACAUCUCCGCAAUCCAAAAGCGGGAGCCCGUCUCGGCUACAAAAGCAUUCAAGCCUAGGGAUAGUAUAACGUCCUAUGAUGCGAAGUCACUUCCGGAGAUUCUAGGCCCAUUUUCCGAUGAAUACAAAACACAAGAGUUGGCCUUGCUCGAAUCCUGGGUUGAAAUGAAUCUUUCAGAGUGGAUGGAAGACAACUAUCAAUCUGCCUCAUUUUGUACCCAGCUCUUGGAUUUUAUGGUUAGCUAUAACGCUAUAGCCUCAGAGCAUUAUGCUCGUAAUCCAGAAGCCUUGUCGCACAUGAUCCUAACGCUAGUCGAGCUUUGGAUCGCGUGCGACAAAGCUGUAAUCCGAGAUUGCAACCUUAUGGCCGACUACGAUCCUGCGAUGCCCCAAGAGCUACUUCAAUCACUAGUACUACCUUUGCGGUCGCAGGCUCGGCGACUUUUAAAAGUCGAAACAUAUUUGAAAAAUCGUCAAAGGAAGGCUGACGCGAGUUUGCCGUAUGUGUUAUCUUCCAAUUACAGUGCCAACUGCUUUGCUGCCAGGUAUGUUCGGCAAUCUCCACGUCAUCAAAAGCUCUGGGUGCAAAUUUCCGAGAGCGCCACUGAGCAAAAGCAACGAAAAGUUCAAGAGUUCAGGAAUUGCAAGAAGGAGUAUAGUCACCUCAUGAGUCGAGCUCACAUGUAUCCUUGCUAUUGCAGUGUUAUUAGAAGCUACAGUGUCUGUAAAAGAUGCACUAAAGAGAAUGAAGCUUCCAAAAUAUCAAUAUCAGUCCAUGAGUGGCCGCUACCGAGUGAGGAGUCCAAAGCUCAGUCUAUUGUGUUUGAGCUUGACGUUCCUAACGCGCUCGCUGCAUGGCGGGAGACUGUGAUAUUCAUGAUUGGCGAUGUUUUCCAAUGUCAAGCAAACCAGCAAGAUAAACCUAGCAUGGGAAUGCCCUUGCAAUCGGAUCCAUCAUUAAAACCCUUUUUCCAAAACCCUGGCAAUCGGGAUUUCCGAACACGCUUGUGGUCAUCGACCACCCGGAGCGAUAAACGGUUGCGUGUCAAAGACGUGGAUGAAAACAUGCUCUUUUUGGAUUGCUCUCCACGUUAUGCUUACCUCGACUCUAAAGUUGGCAACUGGAUGACAGGAUGGACUGUCAAGUAUGAUAUAGCGAGCAAUUUCAUGUACAAAUUACCUUCAGCAGUUCUCCAAGCAUUCAUAUACCGACCCCCUGACGACCCGAAUGGGCCGCCCCCAAAUUAUGUCCUUGCUAGACUAUCAGAACGUCCCGAACAUAUGACCCGUGACGAGUUCAAAGCUCUGGCAUCCAUUCCUCUCGGGUUCCACAUACAAUGGAUGAACAUAUUGACGCAACUAAGGAUGCCAGAGAUUGAGUUCAAUAAGAUAGAAACCUGCGUAAUAUUUCUGCAAGUUCUGCAUCAAGUUGGCCCUUCUGACGAAUCGCUUUCGAGGGCAAGCCAUCGGCUUCUUGAAGAUGAAGACUUUGCAUCCGCAUUACUGGAAGCCUUGGAAAUCUCGUUGGCCCGUAUCAAAGGAAAUUGGCUACUAUCAUACGAAUUGGCAAUCUUCAUCUGGACUUCUGCUAGACUUCUCGCUAUCAACAGGCUUCCACAGCUCUUAGCCCGGAAUUUGCGGUUUCUUUCGGAAGCCCGCCAAGUUGCUUUUGGAUGGAUGCGCCAAUUGCGAGAAAAGGCACACGCCACGACCCCUGACGAAAAGCGCUUCAAGCUUAAACAGAGAGUAGUUCAACUUGCGCUUAUUUGCAUAAGUAGCAUGGACGUAGACUCAGACAUAAUGCGCAAUGUGUUGUUCGAUGACCAAGCCACAGAAUCUCCUGAGAGCGCCGCUGUCGUUCUCAUUGAGUGUUCCAUCACAAUCCAAGAGUCCGUGCUACCAAAAUCUGAAGAUGGGGAUGAGUUGUCAAAUUUGCUCCGGGAACGUUGGAAGCGACUCUCUUGUCGUGUUCUGCAAAUCAUCAAGGAUGCGAUACUUAAUGGAAGUCAAUGCCUAGAUGAAGCUAUUCUCAUGUCUUGGUCAGCAUAUCUACCAGGAGGUUCCUGGACGGCUCUUUCCGAACCAAUGGGUCACUGGAUGGUCACCACGAUGCCCUAUACUUACGGUCAGAAAAACUUGGAAGUAUCAUACAAUUUCUUGACAGCGCAACUUCUUGUGAGUGGUCUUCCGGUGGCCCGCCUUCCUUCUCAGUACGAGAGCCAUCCGUUGUACAGCACCUUCUUUGGCGACUCUGCCAUUCAGGCCAUGUCUACCUCGGAGCCUGGAAUGCAAUUUUCAGCCAAAAAGUCAUACCAUGGCUAUGCUAUGCACCUUGGGCUCCACGAAAGGUCUGAGUCUACCUGUCCUGACCUCCUUCUUCGGGCGGUGAAGGACGGUGUUGAAUAUGAUCUCUUGCCUCGGAGGCUGUUCUCCGAGAUCUUUCCCGCGUCAUUUGUGGAGCACCACGUCCACUGGUAUAAUAGUCAAAGUGAAGCUAUUGAGUUUCGGCCGGUGGAAAAGCCUUGGGAGGAGUCAAAUGCUAAUUGGGAACUUACGAGAUUGAAUUCCAAAUGGCGGCUACAAAAACAAAAUGUAUACCUUGUCGACAUUACCAGUACGACGGCAAUGGAGAUAUCCCGUAUCUUCUCUGCUCUCGAGAAACCCAAACAUCUUCACAUACUCAUCCAUCAUUCUGGCCAGCUCGAGGUGGAUCUACCGCGGCUGAGAAUCGGAUUUAGCAUCUCGGAAGAUUCCACAUCCAUCGAGUCCCGUCAAUUCCCAGGUAUGAUCGUCGACUCUGAGCAAUCGAUUGGAACGCUCGUUGGACUGCAGAGUAAAUUAGUGCUCAGAAAUAAACAGCAGCUGACCGAAAGGCUUGUUGUGAUUCCGGAAGGGCCGAUAUCAUGCAUUGAGCACAAUGGACAUGUGAGAAUCUCCGUGAAUCCUGAUCUGGUCCUUCGUGUCCAAGCAUAUCGUAUCGAUAAGCAUCUUGGAAAGCUGGUUGACAACGGAACUCUUCAGAGCAAGCUAUAUCUUUGUUACUUGCACGCACUGUCAUCUUACUGCCUACCCGACCCCUUGACUGCUCAUACAGGCACCGAACAAGCACUGAUGAUACUGGGAUCAGGUGCUGUGAGAUCGUUUAAUAUUCUCACAGCGGACAAUAUCAAGCUUCUCAUCCUACUUUCUCACCUCGCUCCAAAACAGAUCUAUCGCGUCAAGACCAACUCCCAAAUGAACAAUCUGAGUUUCCUAUCCAAGCAUCCCAAAUUUUAUACAUCUGUACAGGACUUCGCCACACAGAUGAGCCAGGAGUACAUGUUUCGCCCGGACCUAGCUGGCGAUUUAGACCAGCUUCAAGCUUUAGAUCACGUCGACCCUGAUUUACUCCAAAAAUACACAAUUCGCUGUUCGACUUUUCGAACUGCUGGCUUUGGUGCCGAGGAUUUCAUUGUGACAGAAGACUCAACUUACAAAGCAAGGGAACUGGCAGAGGAUAACACUCGACGUGACCGAGUCCUUGUGGCUUUGAAAAUGAUAAUGACGCCGUCUCCUGGACUUCCAUUCAAAGUGUCAAAAGACCUCUCACACUGCAUCUGGACAACGUUGCAACCUAAUGUGCUUGGCUCGAAUGGCCCUCUAGAAUUACGGGAAUUCCAAUUUCAUACAUCCUUGCUCACACAUACAUCAGAAACUCUAGGCAACAAUUGGUGUAAGCUGGAUAGUGUCAGGGUCAUGUUUGAAGGCUCUGGGAUAAACCGGUUCCAGAUCUUGAUGUGGCUAUCAACAGUUGCAUACUCUACACAUGUGGACAUGCAGUUCAUACAAGCAUUGGGUGCACUAUUGGCCAACAAGCUCUCGAAGAAGUUGCAGCCACCCUCGACGAAGAGCUCAUUUCAAUUAUUGUCCGGCUAUGCUCCAGAUUCCCACUUACUCCAAACGACCAUUCGGGCCAAUCGGUCUCCCAAAUGGGCAUCCCAAGCCGCAAAGGUCCGGUCAGAAAACUUGUUCUCUGAUAAAAAAAGAAAGUUCGAGGCUAAAGAUAGCAAACAUGUGGAACGAUUCGAGUCGAUUCUUACGAGUCAAUGGCCUUGUGCCAUUCCAAACGCUCCAAACACUUCAAGUGGCUGGCGUCUUGAGAGUUACUUUAUCGUCGAAAAUUCGAUGGAAAGUGUUCGGCCUCUAUUUGAGUCUUGGUACGACAAUCUUCAAUUUCGGAAAUAUUUGCAAAGUUUGGUAGUCGGUUUAUCGGCAUUGCCUGUCGUCCCAAUCAAGGUCCCAAGCAUAUACACUGCGACCACCGGCACGAAUGCUAUCAAAGCAAAGACUUUUCUCGGCACAGAAGGAUUCUUCAAGCAUACAAUUCCUUUAGUACCGAACUCUUUGCGCGAUCCGUUCGAUCUGCCACGCUCCUUGAUGCAUCGUGGCCAGCGAAAAUACCCGGACCUAAGGCUUCCAAGCUUCAUUGCCCAGCUUCAGAGUUCACCUAAAACUAGCAGCGAACAGCAUUAUAUUGAGGACUUGACGCGUAGUCUGAGCCUCCUAAAGUCUUAUGAGAAUGAAUCUGCUGUUUCGUUCAACGAAGACGAAAUGAAACAAAAGUUGGACGAGAAUCUUACCCACAGCCAAAAUCGUGUCAACGAACUUCACACCUCGAUCACUGAUUUAUGUUCAAAUCUUUCUGCGGCCGCGCUUGGCAUGGAUCCUGGAGCUUUGCUUCAUGCAUCGCCACGAGUAUCGCGUGUGGUGUUUCUUCAGCAGCUGACACGCACUCGGUGGGAUAGAAUCUCGGACAGCUGGCGCCAUCGAUUUCUGAAUUAUGCUAACGCAGUGGUGGAACUACAGAGGGCUGAAAGGCUAUCUGGAUACGGAGGUGAUACGAGUCACGUUGAUUUCCUCAAAGAGCUCAUCAAUGUUCCGCAUAAUGGUUGGAACCCAGAGCAGCAUCCGGAGUGGCUCCUUGUGGAAAUUGAGAGCGGCAUCGUUAUUCGCGAGGUACAAGGAAUGACUGCGCAGCGUAUGAUUAAACCGUCGACUUCGAACAACGCAGUCAUGCAACUAAACAUGGGCGAAGGCAAAUCAGCUGUUAUUGUCCCUAUAGUCGCUCUCGCACUAGCCAACGGAUCGCGACUCGUACGAGUUGUAGUUGCAAAACCACAAUCAAGCCAAAUGUUUGAGAUGCUAGUUUCCAAACUAGGUGGCCUCGUCAAUCGCCGACUGUAUCAGAUGCCGUUUUCUCGUGCCUCUCAACUGGACGUAAAGCAGAUUCAGACCAUGCACUCAAUGUACAAAGAGUGCGAGAAGGUUGGCGGCAUCCUUCUUAUUCAGCCUGAGCAUAUCCUCUCGUUUCAGCUGAUGGGCCUCGAGCAGAUGAUUGCUAAAAAGGAGUCUGUUGGUCGUGCUUUGCUUGAUAUCCAGCAUUUCUUCAGAUCCCACUCUAGGGACAUUGUCGACGAAAGCGACGAAAAUUUUGGAGUAAAAAUAGAAUUAAUAUACUCGCUUGGUCAACAGGUGACAAUGGAGCUAGGUGUUAAAAGGUGGAAGCUCAUUCAUCGGGUAUUGGAUUUGGUCGCACAUGUGGCAUGGAAAGUGAAAGAUAAGCUUCCUCGGUCCAUCGAGGUGGAUGACAGGCAUGAAGAGCGCUUCCCGAAGAUCAGAAUAUUCCAGCCUGAUGCCCACGCGAUGUUCUUGGAUCAAAUGGCACAUGCAAUAUGUGACAUGGGGGUUCCUGGCCUAGUAAUUGCUGGCCGGUCUCCUGAAUUGCGGCAGAGCAUCUUUGCUUAUAUCUCAAAGGCUGAGAUUUCUACCGAAGAAAUUUCUUCUGUAGAGAAAAGUCCGAUCUGGACUGACUCUACUACCAAAGGACUGCUGCUGGUUGCACGUGGUCUCUUGGCUAAUGGUGUUCUCCAGUUUGUGCUGGGAUCAAAACGCUGGAGAGUGAAUUAUGGCUUGGAUCCGAAACGACGACCUCAGACGCAGCUGGCUGUUCCUUACCAAGCAAAAGAUAAACCCAGCGCCAGGUCGGAGUUCAGUCAUCCUGAGGUCAAUUUGAUCAUCACAAGCCUGAGCUACUAUUACGGUGGUUUGAGCGACGAUGAUUUAUUUAUAACCUUCAAACAUCUGCUCAAAUCCCACCAGCCUGGAGAUAGAUAUAGAGAGUGGGUUAGAACUGCACCGAAACUAGCGGGUUCUUUCCACAAUUUGACGGGUGUAAAUAUAGAGGACACAGAACAGUGCACUGAAUCUCUCUUCCCGGGGCUUCGAUAUUCAAAAGGCGCCAUUGAUUACUUUCUAGUAAAUACUGUCUUUCCGGCGGAGAUGAAAGAGUUCCCCAGUAAACUGUCAGCGUCCGGUUGGGAUCUUGGUCAGCUCAAAUCCAAUGUCACAACCGGCUUCAGCGGUACUAACGAUUCACGUCAUCUUCUACCGGUCACUGUGGAGCAGUUGAACUCGCCAGAAACAGGACAUACCAACGCCCUCGUUCUAGAGAAUCUUUUACGCCCCGAGAAUUCUGUGCAACCCGUUUUCCAUUCAGAGGACUUGAUAGUCUCGGACGCACAGGUGAUCUUAUCGCUGGUAGUAGGGCUGGAUCCUCCAACCAGAGUGAUUUUAGACGUUGGAGCUCAAAUUCUUGAGCUUAGUAACCUCGAAGUAGCACGAGCUUGGCUCCAGAUGGUUCCAGACACGGAGGAGCGUCGGACACACGGUGCUGUUUUCGCUGAUGACUAUGACACGCUUUGUGUAAUAGACAGAGAGGGCCUCAUCGAACCUUUGCAAGUGUCUCCGUUAGCUCGCUAUCUUGAGUCCUGUUUAGUGUUUCUCGACGAGUCACACACACGUGGUAUCGAUCUCAAGUUACCAUCGGACUAUAGGGCUGCAAUCACCCUGGGACCCGGACUCACUAAAGAUAAGUUGGUACAGGCAUGCAUGAGGAUGCGAAAACUUGGGAACGGCCAGUCGGUUGUCUUUCUCAUGCCGGAGGAAAUCGAAAGGACCAUUCGAACUGUGACGAAAACGAGUUCUCCGGAGCUUAUGGUUGGCCAUGUUCUGGAAUGGACCAUCGCGGAAACCUGCCUAGAUCUCCGAAAUAACAUGCCCCUGUGGGCCAUACAGGGACGACGAUUUGAGACGCAGAAACCUUUCUGGAAUGAAAGCAGCGCAGGCUUUGGCUUAAGAGAACAACAGGCUAAGAAGUUCAUGGAAGUAGAGGCCCUAUCGCUAAAGCUCCGAUACCGACCACGAACGGCAACAGAGGAAAAAGCCUUUCGCCGGGACUCUGUAAGAAAUAAGAACUUGAAACAGAUCCUUGACAGAUGCGCCGCAUUCGAUAGCCAUGGAUUCAAUACCGUAACCUUACGAGAAGAACAAGAACGCGAAAGAUCGCGGGAGUUUGAUUUUCGCGAGGCCCAACGUGAAAUGAAUCUCAGAUCGGCCAAACCGCAGUACCACAAGGUUCACGAAGAUGUCAAGUCAUUCGUACAAACAGGAAUCCUAAACACAAAUUCGCCUGCUUUUCAGCCAGCCUUUAACACUCUCGCAUCUACUGCAGCUGCACAGUACUACGAUGUAACACGAUUCACUCAAGAUAUUUUUGUCACAGCCGACUUCGCGAGAACGGUUGUGCCUCAAAACCCGACUUUGACGGAGUUCGAAGAUAUUACCACAUUCUAUCGACCAGUUCAAUUUAUACUCACAAGCAAGGUUGGGAAACAGGUCCAACAUAUGGUCAUUAUCAGUCCAUACGAGGCCCAACAGCUCUUCACUUACAUCAUGAGCUUGAAGCUCGUCACUCUUCACUUGUACUCUCGACGAUUAAAUCUCGGCUUUCGCCCCCUAGAUAAUUUGGACCUCUAUACCAUUGGUACACCGUUAUAUGCUAAUACUCUGCCCAUACGCUCGAUCGUUCAACUCAAUCUAUUCUCUGGUCAGCUGUACUUCAGUUCAGUCAAACAUUACAGAGAAACAUGCAAGUUUUUGGGUGUGCCCUACCAAAUUGAAGAUACGGGUGCUGUUUCCAUCAUCCAACAACCAGAAAAAGUAGCUACGAGCACUGUUUUGCGUGCAGCUCCACGGGACAAUCCAGUCAAAUUCUUCCAAGAAUUUGUGUCAAACGUCCGAGGAGAUGGCAGUAGUAUAGAGUAUACACAUCUUGGUAAAACUCUUGAAGGUAUCUUAUUGACGGAAAGAGAUUUUGCAAUGGAUAAAAAUUAG